GCUUUCACCAAGGCCGGCCUGAAUGACUUCGGACGGACACAAGCUUCAAGAUGCAUGGGCUAAUUCACUGAAGGACGCGCUAACUACUUUCCGGACGCAUUUAACUUCUGCCCAAAGCUCGGCCUGGAAACGUGUCCCUCUUCCUCUACGAAAGAACUCAUCUGGUAGUGUUAAGGGGAAGUCUCCUCGUCCGGAUGCCAGAGAUGUCUGUGUUCACCGUAGGACGACGAAGGCUGGCGAUGUGUAUCGAGUCAUUCUUGAAUUUCCAGCCACUGACGAUACAAUCGAUCUUGAAGUAUGGAAGGCCGUCCUUGUCACUCCUGAAUUACGCGGAGAAUGGGAUCCGGCAGUGGAGUCUGCUCAGGUUCUCGAAAUGUUUGAUCCGUCGACUCGAAUAGUAAAGACGAACUUCACUCUUGGGUGGCCCGCAAAUCCGCGGGAUGCCGUGUUAAUUUCGCGAACUUUCUACGAUGCUACAACGCUCGUCGAUGUAUCCACGUCUCUACCACGUUCUGCUGACGAACCAUCGUACUUGAGACCGUCUCCUCCAUACGUUCGCUCGCGAGUUGACUUAUUUGCUUGGUGUAUUCAGAUCCUGUCUCCGGAAGGUCGGGCCAAGCGUGUACGAAUGACUUGCUUUUGGCAACACGACCUUAGAACGGUCUGGAACAUAGGGGCUCCUGUCAACGUACCGCAGCAGCUGUCUACCAUGACUAUCGGCUUGCUGGAUGCCAUGAAAUCCAAGAAGGAGAGGAUACCAGUCUUAUCUUCAUAUGGACUCGGCGUGGCUAUCGGUCGAAUAAUAUUCGAUAUCGGCAGGGCAGCAUUAACUAUCGACUAUGAAAUCCUUCCAGAAGAUCAUGACACUGUUCAAGACAAGGCCCUGGUAAAUGGAUUGGACGAUCUAUAUACUCUUAGACAACAACGGCGGUUGCAGCGCAGUUUGGAGGUUUUAUUACCUUCCCGUGAUGGCUGGGAUAUACGUAUCGCGACUCGAGCAUCCUCCGAAGCUGUUGCACAGCUCCCAUGGUCUGCCAAUACAAUCAAAUGGGGUUCCUCCAAAGUCUCAUUCCAGAUCCAGCAUGCGCCCCUGCUUGACGAUCACUCAGUACUCAAAGUGAAGCUUAUUAUGGAAUUCUCUGCAGCGCUCAAAGGUGUGCGAAUAAACGGUCUGCCCAAAGGACUCGAAGAACGUAUAGACCACGAGCUUGAGUCUUUCGCUACAGCUACGGAGCUUUUCCAAGACGCGUCAAGUGCAGCGGCCUUCAGUGUCGGUACAGCAAAUAGUUCCGCAGCAACCGCGGCAAGUGAGGCGUCGAGUGACUCGUCCGUGCAGAGACCACCUUUCCUACGUACUGAUUCAAAUACUGGUGCUAUUCCCCGUGGACCGGCAUUUGACAAAAGCAUACUUGCAAGAGUACGCAGAAAUUACAUCUAUUUUUCUUCGUUGCUACAAGAACCGGAAGCAAAGUGGAAGAGGAAUUCUGACAUACGCGGCGUUUCAGUGACACAGCUUGAUUCAAUAGACCCGACACUUGUCGUUUAUAAAGCCGAAGCAACUUUCGUUGGAAUUGGGCUUUGGGAUCUUUAUAGCACAAUUGUUACCCCGGGCACGCGUGCGCAAUGGGAUCGUCAAUAUGAUGAUGCGACAAUGCUUGAAGACGUUAAUGAGUUAACAGAACUUUGGCACUACAAGACAAAGCCCGCAUGGCCUGUGACCGGACGUGACUGUGUUUUGCUUAAGACAGUGUAUAAAUCGCCGACGACGGUCCAUGUUUUCUCUUUCUCCAUUGAUGACCAACGGCUGUUCCCAGCAAUUCCCCCAGUAGAUCCAGGGACGAUCAGAACGCAGGUGGACCUCCAAGGGUGGGCCAUCGAGUCAUUAAGCCCCACUACGACGCAGUUAACCUUACUGGAGCAGAGCGAUCCGAAGGGAUGGGCGGGCAAAGCAACUGUCCCUCAACAGAUGGUUGCGAAUGUAGCAGGUGUCGGCGAAUUCGCCAUCAAAUGUGGUGGACCACCGGUUGUGACGCGUUUAAGCGGUGCUCGGUCCAUAAAUCAGCGAUAUGACCACGAUCGCGCAAUCUUUCGUGUAGAGUAUGAGCCCGCGGCCGACCGGCGACCAAAUUCGACACAAGAAAGCACGUCACGACCCCUUCAUACACGACAAAACUCAGUCGAUUGCGUGCAAAUGCUGGCUACAGGCGCCAGCGUAACUGCUGAACAAGCUGAAGAAGAAUCCUCGUCCACAUCUAUAGAGUGCGAGUUACGAUGUGAUGUUGAUACAUGGGCAUCUUCCCUUGACAUCGUGAUUGAUCCUCCUCCCCAAUCAAUAUUAUGUCUUCGACGACAUCGUCUUUCGGCUGGUGGCGGUGGACUCUGGUUAUCGGUUGGACAUGAUAUUUCAUUCAACAGCGAGGAACGCUUGCAGGUCAUUAUACGACGUGCACCUUUAACGGCAGCCAAAGAGAGAGGUGUGGUCAUGGUGAACGGGAAACGUAUAAAUGUCGACGUUGAAGAAUUACCUGAAGCAGAGGUGAAAUCCCUCACGAAGCAGAAGCGUGUUAAACCUGCCAGAGUUCCUCUUGACCAGCCCCCUGUAAUGGGUGUCAUACGCAGACGUCGAGCAGAACUGGACGAUGGCGACUCCAAUGGUACCAGUACCGAUUCGGGAAGAACUAAGCGGCGCUCGGGAAUGAGCGCCAUCACAUCGACUGUUCCAAAAGUCCCGAGUCCACUUUCGACGUUUUUCACAACUGCGUUGGAGCAGGUAACGAACACCACUCAGCAAGCGGUCGCCGUCUUUGUACCUCCAGCGAUUUCAUCGACGGAUGUGACGUUCCCUGCUACUAAAAGGCCAGUUCACUUUGCUCUCGACGCUCUUGCAUUUGCUCAGGCGUAUCAUCAUGGGGCAUAUCGAGACAAUUGGACAACAGUCACUGAUAACGGCAUCCUCGUGCAGCGAAGGCCGUCACCUAACAUCUCGCCUGCUGUACCUGUACAUCGAGGUGAGAAAGUCAUUGAAGGCGUCACUGCCGAUGAAGUCGCUUCCGUUGUCUUUAGCUACGAUUGCCGUAGGCAGUGGGAUGACCGGUUUGACUCGGUAUUCGUUCUCGAAGAGUACGGGGCAGAUUGCCAUACCUCGUUCUUAGUAUCGAAAACGGGGUUUCCGUUUAGAGAUCGUGGUAUGCUACUUGCAUCACUUGUAGCACGCGAGAAGAAACAUACUACUCUAGCAAUUCCCACAUCAAACUCGGAACAAGUGCAAACCCCGGCUGGCAUCUCCAAUGCGAUUUACUGCAUUUCUGCAUCUUUUAACCCUACGUCCACCGCUUCCUUCUCGCCGACAAAAUAUAACGUCCAUACUCUGCCGGUCGGUCGUAUCUACAUUGAUGCUUGGAUCCUAGAGACUCUUGAUCCAUAUACGUCCGAGAAUUAUGCAAUUCCGUCAACAAAAUGCAUGCGGCUUGUAGCGGCCGAUUUUGCUGGUUCGGUCCCCGUUGCAUUCAACUCGAUGAUUAAUGCAUCGCUUCCUCGUGCGAUACUAGCUGUAGAUGCAUACAUGAAGACAUUUACUCCAUUUCCCGAGAUGCGUUUGCCAUCAGCAUAUUUCUGCUUAACAGGGACCGAGAUCGAUAUAGAGGGCAGGACAUGGAGAUUCAAGCCCGGAAAUAUGGGACCUAUAUUGCUGAGUAGCAAGCUUGAUGUACCAAACAAGAUUUUCAGAGCGAAUUUACUGGUGACCUUUGAUGGGCAGGCUUCAGAAUCGGAGAGGGCCCUCCCUUCUGACGGCAAGGAAGCAGAACCUUCGCAAGUGACACCAAGAUCCGAUCAUGAUGGUAUUUCAUCACGCCCAGGUUCUCCUGAUAUACUGCGCCGUCGGCGAAGGGAAAGUACAAGCCCGUUAAGUCCGUCUCGUCGCCAUAGGAAGAGCAUGUCCGCCGAUAUGGACGUUACUCCCAAUUCCGCGAGGGUGCGGUCUCACUCCCGGGAGCCGAUGAGAACAUCGUCAUCGACAUUUUCCAUUGGACGAGAUCAGAAAACGCGAGGACCAAUGGAUUAUGUCGUCGCGGAAAUCAUCAUAGACAUGCGAACGCAUCCUGAAGGUUAUGAAGUACAGUUUACAUCCCGAAUGGAGCGCAAUGGAAACUCUCCGAGUCCUAUCCAAUUUACUCACAUUGAUGAAGGGAGUAACGAUGCUUCCAGCACGUUGCCUAUCGCGCACAACGUGAUUGUCAUACCACCAUCGCCUCUUUACACAGCAAAUACAGGUGUAGAUACGCCUGUGCGACACCUCUUGCGUCUGACGCUUCCGACAUCGCAGUUUGAGUUACCGACAGUCGAAGAUCCUUUGACCGGAGAAAUGCGCAGUGCUCCACCUAAGCCGCAGUGGUAUGUGGAUCUCGAGAGCAGAGACAAAUAUGCUUUAGUACAAGUAGCUGUGCGACCUUUACCGACUGACAAGAGGAAGAAGGGCAAGAAGCUGGUACUUAUUGACGGAGCGUUUGUGUCACCCACCAGUGAAAGGGAUAUUAAUAAAGGCGCCAUUUUGGAAGAAUCGGGUGUCGGUAUUCUUUCAAGUUCGCAGAUUCAGGACGGCGAAGAUUGCUUGACUCUACCGAUGCGACUCUCAUCUCCUUUAGUCGUUAACGACUUGCUCCUCGGUGAAAGUCAAGCGGAGACCCGGCCGCAUACCAUCCCCUCGACGACCGAUUCCCAGAGCGACAACCAAAGCGGUGAUAGCGAAAUGGGGGGAACGGAAGAGCAUGGACCGUUCAAUACGUCAAGGCAAGCAACUCCUACUGAAGAACAGAAAGUCACACGACCAGCCGAGGAAAAACGCGGACUGUUUAGCCUUAUUAGCUCCUAUCAGGCGUCUCUUCCUUUGCUCGGACGUUCAAGGCCCACGGGGACAUAUUCCAAUCAAGAUGCGCGGAAGACAUCUGCUCCCAAUACAUCUCAAGUAGAGCCAGAGGAUUUACAAUCAAGUUCUCGUCCGGAACUGGUACCUCUGCCUGGGUCCAGUUCCAAUAGAGCAGCUUCGUCUGCUUUAGCCGUUGUUCAAUCAGCAAGAGUGCCACGCUUUUCAAUAUCGGCUCUUAUCGCGUCGAUGUUAAUUGCCUUUCUUCUGGGUUCGCUAUUACGCUCCUUGCUUUCGCCAGCAGACUUCAUCUAUGUCGUCACCGAUCUGGGUGAUGUCCCGGGUGGCGUGACGCGCGGCCCGAACGGGGGGCUCGGUACCGUCGAGCCUGGAUGGCGGGAAAUCAAGAGACUUGUGGAAUUGAAGUACAUCGUUGGCGGAUGGGAUUUCCAAAUAGCGGUAGUACGGAGGCACUAGGACAUAGCGGAAUAUUUUAACCUCUGUACCUGCUAAUCGUGUUCUGAGAUUUACAGCAUCCUUUUCGGCAUACUUUCUUACCCACACACAGGCAUUUGUACCAGUGUAUUCGUUCCGUCCAUCGCAUUGUAUUGUAUGUAUAUU